CUUUCUUGCAAAUCACGUGACCUUCAGAAAAUGGAUGUUAGCCAGUGUAUAAAUUCAACUCUGGUUCUUUCUGUCUGCAAGUAUCUGUAUGAGUCAGAGAAAGAAGCACUUGCACAAACAGACAGAAAAUGUUCAGUUCAGAACCAGGAUCACAAAUAUUUGUUGCAAUCAUCAAAGACAGUAUUGUAAUUGAGGAGGGGAAUCCUACUCGAUAUCAUCUGAAACCCAGGACAGACUCUUGUGAUCCAUCUAAACCAUACAUAAAAGUUACCUUUGGGGAGAGAGACACAAAUAAACCCCAUAAAUCAAUUCUGCUGGUGGGAGAAACAGGAACAGGGAAAACAAAACUAAUCAAUGUGAUGAUCAACUACAUGUUGUGUGUUCAGAGAGAAGACAAGGUUUGGUUUGAGAUCACAGAUGAUCAGAGCGACCGAACUUUAGUUCACAGUCAGACCUCCAGCAUCACUGUUUAUGAGUUUUAUCUACAAGAGAGUCCAAUUGAUUUAACAAUCAUCGACACUCCAGGAUAUGGAGACACACGUGGAAUUGAGAAAGAUAAAGAGAUUGCCAGGAAUUUGCUUGGUUUAAGCAGUGAUGACUGCUUGCAUAAACUAGAUGCAGUUUGUCUGGUGAUUAAAGCAGACCAAAAUAGACUCUCUGACAGACAAACAUACAUAUUUGAUGCGGUUCAGUCCUUAUUUGGGGAAGAUAUUGCUGAAAACAUUGUCUUGCUCCUCACACACUCGCGUGGAGUUCACCCUAAAAAUGCUCUGACGGCUGUUGAAGAGGCUAAAAUCAAAUGUGCUGUAAAUGAGCAGAAUCAGCCAGUGUUUUUCCAGUUUGACAACUGUCAAGGAGAGACAUUUCUUCCAGAAUACCAGAUGGCACAAAAGCAAACAUGGGAUCUCAGUUUAAGUGAAAUUACAAAAUUUUUCACAUUUAUUGAGAACAUAAAACCAAAAACACUGAAGAUGACUCAAGGUGUUUUGCAGAAAAGGAAGCAGUUGGAGACUAAUAUCUCUAAUCUACAAUUAACUGAUCAAAAAAUCAGCCAAAAGCAAAAAGAGCUGAAACAAGCUCAGGAAGCUGUGGGACAAAACAUGAAAGUUGCUGAAGAAAACCAGAACUUUGAGUAUGAAGCUGAUGUGAUCUACAAAGAGAAGGUUGAUAUUGAUCGUUCUGUAGCCAGUGUGGCGAUGUGCUGCACCUUCUGUGAGGAGAACUGUCAUUAUCCAGGAUGCUGGAGGGUCACUGAUGUCUCAUGGUGCAAAGUGAUGAAGAAUAAUCACUGUACAGUGUGUACUAAUAAAUGCCACUACAGUAAACAUAUCAAAGAAGACAAAAUAUAUGUAACAAAGAAAAUGAAGGAGAAAAAGACAAAUGAAGGAUUAAAGAAGAAAUAUAAUCACAGUAUAAAGAAAAUUAAGGAAGGUGUGUUUUGGGUCAAGAAGCUAGAAGAAGACUUACAUAAUAUAGAGAAAGAGAAAGUAAAGAUGGUGAUGGAAACUUUUAACUGUGUUGAAACUCUGGAUUUGAUCGCACUUAAUACUGAUUCAUUGAUCAUACUUCAGCAUGUUGAUUUUCUGACUGAGAAGCUGAUGGAAAUCAGUGAGCCUGAAAAAGCAAAAACACUGGAAAACAUCAAGAAGAGAGCAGGAGAAGAAAAAAACAGAGCUGUGAGGUACAUGAAAGAAUUGUACAAAUAAUCAUGUGAUAUUAUGCUACUGUAUAUUAUCAUUGUAUUCAUCGAUCAAAUAAUGCAUAUACAGAAUUCGUGAGUUUGAUUAAAAUCUUGGUAAACAGUUAUUUAUAAAAAUUUUUAAGUUGUCUAAAGAAUUUUGUGCAGUAUAUAGUUUUUUGUAAUUAUAGGGUUCAUUUGACUCUUGAUAAAAAAAGAAAAAAAGUUGUUACACAAAACCUGAUGUUCUCCAGCAUUCUCUGAUCCAGCAUCUGUUGUCCCACAAAAAAACAUUAAUACAGUUGAUUUGAUUAUUUACGCUCCUUAUCAGUGUAUGACUUUGCAUUACUGUUUUUCUAUGGAUGUCACAAAUAUUUUAGUCAAAUUAACUUUUUUUUUUUGAUUUGGUAAAUUGGACGUUUACGUUUUACAAUAUAUUGCUGUUUGACAUAAUGAUAACAAACUGUAGAAAAACAGUUAUUUACUGGCAACCAUUAAUUUACGGCAACAAACUAUAGAAAAACAGAAAUUUAUUGGCCUGUAAAUAACAGUUUUCUACAGUUUGUUGCUGUAAAUUAAUUACAGUUUAUACAAAGAUACACAUAUAGCAAUCAAAUAAAGCAAAGUUAAAAAGUCAAGGGUCAGGAGCACAACUAAAGAUCUCCACAAACGAAACAGUAAAACAUCAUCAUCUAAUUUUCUGUACCUCUCAACAAGAUCUUUUGAUCUCUGAUCUCUGAUCUGACAGAAAUAAAGUCAGUCUGGUUAUUAAUGAGUGAAGCUGCUAAAGCUGUUUGUUGAUUGUUUAAAUCUUCAGUUGAUUUUUUGUAAAGCUGUGGCUGAAGACAGUAUUAGUUUGUAUUGUUUCUCUUUUCUUCAGUGAUUCUGCUCGUUAACAGCAGCCGUUCAUCAGUGUCUGAAUUCACUCAUUAGUUUUCAUUCUCUCUGUCAGGUGGACUAUAUUAGUAAAGUUGUGUAGGGAAUAGUGAAUGAGGGUGUAGGGUGUGAUUUGAAACACAGCCGCUGAGUGUCAACUUUGAACGUUGUUAAUUUACGAUAUAUAGCAGCAGGCUAACUUCUCGAAAAUGAUGAAUAUUACCCAGAUGCAUCGUUUUAAUGCAAAUCAAAAUUUGGCCUUUUUUACUGUGAUUUUUAACAGUGCAGUAAAAUGUUCUCCACUUAUGCAAUAAAAAUGUGCAAUAUCCUUAUAUUUAUUAGUUAUCCCUCCAUUCUAGUACAUCCCUGCAUCUUACUCAAUCCUAUUCCAUUAUCAUUUAUAGCACAAUUGUUUAUACACUUAUUUAUUUGCAAAUGCUUUUUUUUUGUCUGUGUGUUGUUGUCUCUGUGUAAUGUCACUAAAACAAAUUCCUUGUAUGUGCAAGCAUACUUGGCAAUAAAGUAUGUAAAAGAAAC